ACUAUUAACUUCGUUUUGACGAAGAUGGGACGAUAAGCAUCAAAGACUGAACACAAAGUCUGAAUUAGAUACUUCUUUCAUAUAUUGUCGUAAUGUAUUGGGGUCGAUGUAUUUAUUUUUUAAGUGAGAAAAUCAUAACUCUGUUAUUCCUACUGUUAAACAAAAACAGCAUCAGCAUGUGAAAUAACCUUCCUAUCGCCACUGUGACUGUAUAAUAUCACCGGUGAAUAAUGGAGUACGAUGAUAAUUUUGACGAUUAUUACGAUGACGCCAAUAUCUACGAUGAAGAGGAUUUGGAGAAAAUGUUGGCUGGUUAUACCGACUUUGAUUAUGGUGAUGAAAUGGAGUAUGCUCGGAUUUCAUUCAUGGAUCUGGCAGAGAACUGCCUCUACCCUACCUUACAGCAAACAAUUCAUAUGUUGGCUCCAUUGUAUGUUUUGUGUAUCACAACAAGGGUUGUUUGUGUGGUGGGGUAUUCAGAUACAGAAGAUCGUCCCAUUCCCCGGUGGUUACUCAAUAUCUGCAUCAGUCUAGGGGGACUGUUAGCACUCUAUAUGUUUUUUGGUAACAACAUUGUCUACCUGCUUGUCUGUGCUGUAUCUGUAUACACAAUCCUGCUUGUUACAUCAUGGAAAUUUCAGAACAUUUCAGGAGUAACAGUGGCAGUCUGUAUCUUCCUUUUCAUUGUGAUAUGUGAGUUGUUUGUUGUGGAUGAAAAAGUCUGGCACAGUGUGAGAGGUGCACAGAUAAUGCUCUCUAUGAAACUUAUAGGACUUGGUUUUGACAUCACAUCAGGCAUUGUAUCCUUGCCGGCCUUUACAGAUUAUAUGGCAUAUAUCUUUUGUGCAGGAAAUGUCAUCUUUGGGCCUUGGAUGCCAUUUCAAGACUUUAAAAGUCUCUACUCCACAAGUAUAUCAAAGUGCCUUGAUGUAGAUUGGAUGACUAAAGUGAUGAAAUCCAGUUUGUUUUCUGUCCUCUGUCUUUCCUUCUCCACCUGUUUUGGAUCCUGGAUCAUUCUAGACAGUAAUUACAAGUGGGUAUGUGCUUAUAGAGAUGCCCAGUCAUUCAGAUUUAGCCAUUAUUUUGUGUGUUUUGUAUCAGAGACUACCGUAGCUCUAUCUGGAAUUAACCCCAGUGAGAUUGACUAUGGUGUGACCGUCACUCGACCAUUACACAUUGAAUUUCCAAGAUCUCUAGUUGAAGUUGUAACAAAUUGGAAUUUACCUAUGCAUAAUUGGUUGAAAAACUAUGUGUUCAAAACAGCUCGUCCAUAUGGGACAUUUUUAGCCGUCAUUUUAACCUACGUAGCAAGCAGUCUGCUUCAUGGCCUUAAUUUUCAGUUAGCAGCAGUUCUAUUAUCACUGGGGUUUUAUUCCUAUGUUGAAAUGGUUUUCAGGAGGAAGUUAGCCCGGGUAUUUGAUGCGUGCUUGGAGGCACGGUCCUGUAGAGAAAACUGCUCCCACACUUACAAAUAUAACCACCCUUUUGUGUGGCUUACAAACCUUUGUUUUGGGUGUGUUACAGUGUUUCAUUUAGCCUACCUGGGUCUAAUGUUUGACAGCAGUGUCGAGGCUGAAAAGGGUUACAACAUGUCCCACACACUACAGAAAUGGUCAGAUCUGGGAUUCCUUAGUCACUGGGUCAUACUAGGAACUUACAUAUUUCACUUAAUGGUGUAAUAACCCCUCCUUCUUAACAUUUUUUAGAACUUCAAGAUAGACAAUGUUGCAAUUUUGCAAAGGAAAUUUGGAAAUGUACUUGCUACCAUAGCGUGCAAUGUGAUACAUAUCUUAAAACUGUAGUUGCAAUACCAUCCCCAGCUGUGUUUUAUAUAUAAACUGAUCUCCAGCAAUCUCUCUUGCUUUAAAGUAGUUAGCUGUGAUGUUCAUUGAUUGCCAUGACAUAGAGUUGUUUUGCAUGGUUUGUAUUUGCACAUAUUUACAAAGAUUGCUCUGAUAGGAGCUUGUUAUUGUGGUGCCUACCUUAUGUGUGAUUAGUGAAUAAUUCUGUAAAUCACUUUUUACUCGCGAGAACUUUAUUUUUGCGUAAUUACGUGAGACUAUCUGCUUGCAAAAAUUUCAUUAUUAUGUUUAAUUCUAUUACUAAAGAUUAUAUAGAGCAUUAACCAAAAUUCUUGAAAAUUUUUUCGCUUGUACCUACCAAAUAACAGUCUCGCAAACAUAAAGUGUCGCAGAAAUUGAGUGAUCUACAGUAUUAGGGUAUUGUACUGGUAUUUUGAUAACAAAGUUGACGCAGGAUACAGUACCUGUACGUGUAUUGGGAAUCAAAAAGUUAAGAUAUUUUCAACAAUGUUCUUUGAACUCCCCCAGUAUUUACAGAUUUUUGAUACAUUUUGAAUGGAUUGUUAGUUUGUGAUUUCUCAGAUUUUCUCCAGUAUUUGGAAAGCGUUAUCAUUUUCUUUCUUCAAGAUUAUGGGCAUUUGUACCAAUUAGUACACCAUAUUGAUAUGUACCAUAGUUCUCAUAUUGUUUUUAUUUGACAUUGUUAAAAUGAAACAUUGCAUUUUACCAGUAACUUGUAUUUGUUGUGAAAGAAUUAAUCAUAAUUCACUUGCAAAGUAUGUUUUGAGUAACGUAUAUUGCCUGGAGGGUUUUCUUUUUGGUAGAGAGAUGGGUACACGGAGGGUUUUAGAUAUAUGAAUCAUUGGGACCCCUAUUUGCUCCACAGGGCACAAAAUGUAUUUUCCUUUUACAUUUGCAUACAUGUAUUCCUACUAUUAUUUUGAAUCUUGAUAUAAACUUUCACUCUUUAAAUUUCAGCAAAAAAAUGUUUAAAAAGUCUUCAUGGUUUAUACAUAUUUUUGACUCUAGGUGACCCUCAUUGCUUGAAGUAUUUGAUUCUUUUUAACACACAGAGAUGUCUUUUGUCUUGCAUGUGUACCAGAAUUUGUCAUUAAUAUUCCUGAUCAUUUUUUUUAAUAUAUUCAUUGUUUCCUGCUUUGAUGUCAUCUUCUCCACAUUUGAGAGACUAAAGGAAGGUAUAUUUUACUUAAAAUAUUAGGAGCUUAAAUUAGUUGUAGCAUAUGUACAUAUGUACCUGUGCCAAGCGCAUUAAAUUGAUAGAUGCAAAUAUUUAAACCGGUAUUACAUAUAAUUAUUUAGGAUCAUUUGCAAGUUCAUGUCAUAGUAUAUACAUAUAUAUAUAUAUAUAUAUUUCCACAUAAUGUGUACAUGUAUUUUGAUAGCCUACAUAUAUUGCUCCAUGGUGGAGUUAAAACUGGGUAGUGUAAUAGUACUUAGUCUAGUCAAAUUAGUAUUUUUUUAGGUUGUUGUGUAUAAACUUACAGUUUAUUAGUAACUCGGCAAACAUUACAUGUAUGAAGUACAUAUGUACUUAAUAAAAACAGUUUUAUUGUCACAAGUAAGGAGGACAAGAUAUCAGGCUAUGUUAUUGAAGUUUAUAGGACCAUCUUAAUAGUAAAACAAAACGCUGUAAAUUAAUAUUUUUACAGUAAAAUAUCAAUCGGCAGCCUCUCUGUACAAAUAAAUGUACGAGUGUUGAUGGACAAGCUCUCCUAGACUUCAAACAGUGAUACAUUGUUCUGAUUUCAAUGGUCUCUUUUUUUUGUUGUGGUGCUUUAUCAAUAGUUUGUUUUGAUAUUAACCUUAUAUUCCCAAUGUUUACAGCUCAAUUUACUUGUUUUGCUUUGUGUUUAUUAUUUUACAAGAUAUUUUGUUUUGUUAUAAUUUACAAUGUACCUUCCUUUUAUACUUCAUAAUUGAAAAAAAAGACCAUGUUAUAACAAUUACUGUGAAGACUGUCUCCCUUACACCAGUCUAUAAAUCAUGUCAAAAGUUUCAGUACUAAUGUAGUACAAUGCUAGAAUCUCGUACCUAGUUGAAUGUUAUAAAUUCAGUUUUCAGCUUUAAGCAUGCUUGUUAAAUAUGUUCUACUUUGGUAAAGAUCCUGUCCUUUGUAAUGAUAUCAAUAAAUUAGUUUUAAACUUUAAA